AUGGGAACCAGAUCUCUACUUAUUCAUCAACCUAUUAGAAGAGAUGUCAAGUGGCAACCUCCUGAUGAAACCAGAUACAAAGUCAAUUGGGAUGCUGGUUUCAAAACCUCUACCUCAAAAAUGGGAGCAGGUAUAAUCAUAAGGAAUUUUGAGGGAGAAGUCAUAGCAGCCUUAAGCAUGCCUCUUACUCCAGUGAGUGAUCCAAGUAUAGCAGAAGCUAAUGCCCUAUGGAGAGCUAUUGUUUUAUGUGAGGAAAUUGGAAUAACCAAUGCAGUGUUUGAAGGUGAUGCAAUGAACAUUAUCAGUGAAGUGCAACAAACUGACCAGAACUUUGCUUGGUAUGGCCAAAUUAUUGAAGAUAUUAAGUUAAUAUACAAUACUAGGCAGAGAUGGACAAUACAAUAUGCUCCAAGAGAAUGUAACUUAGCUGCACAUAAACUGGCUCAGUUUGCUCUUCAAUGUGAUAAUGAGUUAGUUUGGUUAGAGGACAUUCCAGAGUGGAUGAAUGAAUGUAUCCAACUGGAGAAAAAUAUAAUUCUGAGAAUGAAUAUAUGA